AAUCCGACUCCCAUAAAAUUCAGGGAGACGAAAAUAAGCCAUUUAGCUCCAAUUUGUAUCAGUAACCUAUUCUACAAUGAUCUAGAGUGUUUUCCGGAGGGUACAGAGUAAAGUAGGAUAUAAUUGUAACUCAAUUUAUCAUCUUUUGGUGGCAUCAAUAACUAGAACAAUUCAAAUGGCGAUUUAUUAUUAGGCCUUCUAUCCACUCCCAGGCGUCAUCCAGUUAUCCACGCGAGACGUUUGAGAGUUUGCCGGCCUUUCGCACUGGAUCCGGGAAGCUGUGGAUCGUGUCUUGUUAAUUGGAAGAUGUACAUCUCUUGCUCCAUGCCGACCGUGACUCACUCUUUUAGGAGGAUUGGGCCACUUUCUCUACAUCCUCAAGCCCCCAUCCCAACACAUGGCUGGAUUUGCCAGUCCUUGGUGCAUAUGUGUCCAUUUGUCCUCUCGACAUGAAGCUCUUUAUAGAGAGGAAACCAUCGAAUUUCACUCCAUUACAAUGGGAAACUAUUCAAAUAACAAGUCGCCUUGUCUAUGCCUGUUCUUGAUUUCUAUACUAGUGCUGUCAGUGGACACCUCAAUAUGUGGUUCUUCCAGCUCUAGCCACAAUGUUGACAGCCCAUCGCAGAAAGUCAUCGGAGUUCACCUUGGUUCCACAAACUCUCGUGUUGGAGCCGUCAUCAACAAUCAACCAAGGAUCUUUACGAACCCCCAAGGAACGACUUAUGUGCCAUCCUACGUAGCUGCGACGGAUUCAGGUCUCUUAGUGGGUGAGGCUGCUCGGAGGACAUCCUCUCCCAAUUUAUUCCAGGCGAUGUUGGACAUGAAACAAUUUAAUAAUGACAGCGUGCAACCCGGAGCUAUCGAGCCUGAUUUACACAAAUCUUCUAACACCACGUAUAUGAAUAUAGACGGGCGAUAUUUAAUUCAAACCAAUCACAAUGCAACGUGCAGGAGAUUUGCUGCGGAGGAAAUUUAUGCAGCUCUUCUCGCAGACAUACGAUACAUUGCCGAGGCUUACGUAGGUCCAAAUAUCACAGGUGCUAUAGUAACGGUACCUGGGUUUCUUGAUGAAUCUGAGUGGGAUAUUGUCCGGAACGCCGGAGUACUCGCUGACUUGCCAGUGUUUCGCAUUGCGAAGGAGUCAAGCGCUGUGUCUAUGGCGUAUGGCUUAACCGAUGAGGGAGAUGAGAUUACGGCUCUCAGCUAUGAUCUUGGUGCUCAUCAUCUCGACAUUUCACUUAUGGAGAUCGAUUAUGGUUCCAUAGACACGGUUGCAAGCUUGCGAAAACCGAACGUGGCCGGUGAAAGCUUUAAUCGUCGUGUACUAGAGUACUUUUCAAAUCUUUAUAUGACAAAGUACGAUAUUAAUUUUACAGACAAUACUACAGCGGUUGAAAAGCUCAUGUUCGAGAUUGAGAAAGCUAAGCUCAUCCUCUCCUUUAAAGAAUCUGCCCAAAUUGAAAUUCCCGACGUCCAUCAUGGCAGGCGCUUCUCGGAGAUUCUAACUCGCCACAAGUUCGAGGAACUCAACAUGGAACUAUUUGAACACUCGUUGGUAUUUAUCGAUGAGGUUCUUCAAAUAGGCAACUUAACGAAAGAUGACAUUACAGAUGUGGUCCUCGCUGGGGGUUCUUGUCAUAUCCCGAAGAUCCAAGGUCUUGUACACGACUACCUGCCAAAUGCUAGGGUUAGAAUGGGUACCAACCCAGAUGAAGCAGCUAUUUGGGGUGCUAUACUUCACAGUAAUUAUUUCCAGGAAGAAGCAUCGGUGCCUUGCUAUUGCUUCAUAACUCAUCCUCAGUUCGGAAUUGGAACAAGGCAGGGAGUUGUUGAACUUAUUCCGGCGUGCCACGAUGUCCCAGCCUACCAAACACGCCUAUUUUCAGCAUCACCUGGAAACCCCAGCAACACGCUGAUACAGAUAUAUGCAAGGCGGUACCUCGAUACAAAACAGCCCCUCGUACCUGACCUGGUAGCAGAAGAACUCGUUCAGUCGGGUGACCCCAAGUACAUUUUGCUUGGAGAAGUUGAACUUCCAACAAUUCAGGGCUUACAAGAAAAAGACACCGAGAUCGAGAUUACUGCCUAUUUAAGUCGUCAUUCCGUUCUGAAAGUUCGCGUCACGAAUAAGCAGACCGGUGAGACCAAAACGAUUACAUUCUCGAAUUUACACUCCCCGUGUGGGCAGGCUAGAAGUCUUCACGCGGCAAAUUUUUCAUACAUCCAGAACUCUGACCUCAGGGUGGAAUACGAGAGUGAGCUUCGAUCCUUUGUCGGUUCUGUUGCAAAUCAACUGCAGGUUCAAGAAUUUCGUAAGGCCUUCUAGUGGCGUUGGUGGUAUGCACUGUACUGUAUGUGCAUGGUGCUACAGCCUCUACUAGAUUGUAUAAAUUAGUCGCCAAGUGCCUUCAUUAUAGGGUGCACGAUUUCUCUAUCAUAUGAUUGCUUCUUCUCACUACCUUCAACUUUGCCACCAGGUUCCAAUAACAUCAUUUGUUCCAAAUGGCCAACUGUGGAGAUAAUCCUUGUUUUUGUUGACUCGACUGUCCCGAUGUCGUGAUGUCAUCCAAUGCUGUAACGGGAAAUU